GAACUAUUAGGGUGUUGAAUAUGAUGGGCGCGGAUUCUCUAAAAUCCCAUAACCCCUAAUAAAACCCAAAGCCACAACCAUCGCGGCAAUCCCCUGAACCCCCACAAAGCCGAAAACCUCCAACCCCAAAAACCAUUACUACCAGCAACUCCAGCCACCAUGACGUGCUUCUCCGCUGCCAGGUCCGUCAUCAGAUCCGCAAGGUCCCGUAGCGCCGUAGCUUCGAGGCUCAUCAAUGGAGGCAGAUCCAAACCAGCACCUUCUUCUCCAUUCCGCAUCCCCAAACAAAACAUGAACCAAAAUCCCCUCUCUAAUCGUACGUUUAGGUUGCCUGUGGAGAUGAGCUGCUGCUGCGUGGAAUCGAUGCUUCCUUAUCACACCGCCACUGCCUCUGCGUUGCUCACUUCGAUGCUCUCCAUCUCUCGCCGCUCCUACGGUUGGACUCCUGAAGAUGGAUGAUUGUUCCGUGCGGUUCAUUGAUCAUUGAUCGUAGUUUUGAUGGAUUUCAAUCAAGUUUGUAAGACUUGCUGGAGGCAUUACUUUUCUUUCUUUAACCCUCCUCACCUUUUGGUCUUUUCCUUGAGUUGUGGCAUCGUUGAGUCUUUGAAUUUAAAAUUUCAAUGUGGUGUUUCAUAUGCAAGCAUUGAGGCCAGCCUAUCUCAUGAUGGUUCAAAUUAUUUAAAAUAGUUUCAAAUACUAAAUAAGAGUUAUAAUGUUGAUUUUCA